AUGUCCUCCAAAAAUCACAAAUUGACCACCUCUUCCACUUCACCAAACACCUCCAUUUCCAAUUCUUCACAACUUUUACCAUCAUCAUGUAAUUACAAUAACACUCCAUCCUCAACGAAAUCUUCAUCACCAUCCUCCAUGCCGUUCAGUAGAAAGAUCUCCUUUCCUUCUACUUUCAAAAGGCAAAACUCCAUAUCAAAGCCACCCACACUUCUGAAUCAUGAAGACUAUGUCACCUCGAGUAGUACUCAACACUCAACAAGCUCCUCAUUCACGAGCCUUGAUUUUACGAGCACAAAUAGUAAUUCAACGAAAUUUGGAAACCCCUCCUUCUCUUCCACAAGCAGCAGCACCACUUCAUCUGCUUUUUCAAGUAGCCACCACACUUCUUCCACCUGUAAAAUAUCUCCUAUCGAAUAUGACAAUCCUGAUACAAGUUCUAAAUAUUCAAAUACUUCAAAGAGCAGUGCUGACUCGAGUGGAAAACCAAUGUUGCAAGCUGAUCAUUGUUCAAAACAACAGCAUGGAGCAUCUCAAAAGAAAUCUCAGCUCAGCCCAAUCCACGAAGGAAUAGUACAUCAAAUGUAUGACUAUUUACAAGCUUCUCAGCAAACAAGCUCUAAACCAAAACACAUUCCCCAAAAAACCAAACCAACCACAAAUUUUUCCUUUGGUAACAUUCAUGAGGAGGAGGACGAUGACGAAGACAUGUUGGAAAUUCUAAGUUCAACGUUACCCUCCAAGUCAAAUAUUGUGAAAUCAAAUUUUGUAAGAAAACCAGUUCUUGACACCACAGUAGAUGAUUGGAAAUUUAAAAAAUCAUAUACAAGCUCAGAGGAUGAAGAGGAUUCUCAAAACGACGAAUCUGGCUCGGACGACGAAAACGUGAGCAAAAAUUCAUCAAGCAGGUCUUAUCAACCAACAUCAGCAUUUCAAAAGCUAAAAUCAAAUGCCACCAACGCAAAGAAACAUUGGUUUAAAUUUAAAUCGUCGAAUCUUGACGACGAAGAGGAGGAUGACAAUUCUGAUGGCGGUUCAGCAAGUGACAAUGAUAGUGAUACCACAAGCAGUACUACUAAUGACGAAGAGGAAAUGUGUGAAGAUCAAGAAACUAUAUCCACUCCCUUGACUUUUGAUACUUUCCCACAGAAAGAUACAGAUUUUACUGAGGAUGAUUAUGCAGUUGCAGAUAACAGUUUAAUAUCAUUGGAUAAUUUGGACAAGCGUGAAAUGUUGACCCUUUUUUUGUUGCAACACGUCUCAAGACAAUACAAUCCAGACCCAAAUUUUUUCAUUUCUCUUCUGAGAAGGCUGCACAAGGAAGGAUACUUGACGGAUACACGAUUUUUGGAUCAACAGUUUUUAAAGCAAACAUGUAAAAACUUUAUGAAGGAUGUUGUAGAGAAUUGGCCAAUAACGUUUGGAGACAAUAAUGAUCAUGGUAGAACGUCACCAAGUGCAAAAACUGCUGAAAGUUUUUCAUCUGCAUCGCCACGACUAAAAUCUGCCAGUGGUUUGUCGAGGUCUGAAAGUUAUCAUUCAUUUCUUUCGACGGCUGGUCAUGAAAAUGUGAACAAACAACCUGCUACUUUACUGACCUCACUUCCACUAUUUGAUUCAUUGUUUUUCAGUCCAAGCAGAUACAAGUCUGAUUUUCAUCACAAACAACGUAUUGGUCGCGGAGCGUUUGGAGUUGUGUUUGUUUGCAAGCACAAGAUCGAUGGACACUAUUAUGCGAUCAAGAAAAUUAAAUUUUCAUUUAGAGAUAAGAACGAACUGAAAGAGGUUUAUGGGCAAGUAAUUAGAGAGGUACGAGCGUUGGCAGCUCUAGAUCAUCCUAGAAUCGUUCGGUAUAACCAAGCGUGGUUCGAGCCAAAUCGAAAUGGCAUGCACGAUGACGAAAUUCCACACAAUACAGAAUUUGAGGAUGCAGAGGAAACCAAUGCUACCGGAACCAAUCACGAUCGAUCCGGUAAUACCAAUUUACGAGGUUCGAAGAGUGCAGUUUUCGAACAUACUUCAAGAGAAGGAGAUACCAGCGACUCAUCAAGUGGAUUUGGGGCUUCCAAAAGUCCUCUCUCCUAUGACAUGGAUUCGAAACAGAUUGCUAAAGAUUAUCCAAAUACUAUAUCAUUUGAGAGUUCUGGUAGCGGUAAUCUGGUACCCACUUCUCAACCAACUCUUGGUGUUGACAAUAUUGAGUAUCCUUACUCGCCUCCAAACAAUAUGAGCUACCUCGAAUUUGCCUUAGAACAAAAGAGAGAGCCUUUUGAUGCUCAUUUGCUCAAUACUUUGAGAGACAUGUUCAAUCCUAAAAAUCAAAAAUUUGAAAUGGUUUUGUUUAUUCAAAUGCAAUUAUGCAAUCCACAUACAUUGGAUGAUUGGUUAUGGUCACCAGAAAGAUCUCAAGAGAAGAAACUUGAUCAUGCAGAAGCACUCAACUUUUUCAGCCAAAUUUGUGAUGGUAUCAAGCAUGUGCAUUCUCGUGGCGUGAUUCAUAGAGAUUUGAAACCCUCUAACAUCUUCUUAACUUCAGACAACACCAUCAAAAUUGGUGAUUUCGGUUUGGCCAAGUAUUGCCUGGAAACAUUGAGUCAUACGAGAGCCAAUGCAGAACAACAUGGAGCUACGACUGUUGGGGCCACAACGAGCACGACCGAAACAACACCUCUCCGAAGCAACAACAACACCACCACUUCUAUUAUUUCAAGUUAUGAAGCUUCAAUGAGUCCAACACAAGCUAUCGAUCAUACAGUGGGCGUUGGAACCUACUUUUAUGCAAGUCCAGAACAACUCUCUCAUUCACAGUACAAUGAGAAGGCUGAUAUUUAUUCAUUGGGUGUCAUCUUAUUCGAAUUAUUGCAUCCGUUUGUUACCAAGACUGAAAGAGCAUUUGUGUUGAAAGACCUCAAGAAUGGAAUCAUACCAGAAACCAUGUGGACCAAAUUCCCUGAGGAAAUGGCCAUUGUGAAACAAUGCAUUGACGAGAAUCCAGAAAAACGACCAACUGCAUCAGAAAUUUUCGACAGAAUUACACUCCUCACCAAAAAGGUACAUAUCAAAAAGUCCAUCAAAUCUCUCAAUCCUCCUCCACACCUGGAACGAAAAUCAUCGUUUGGUAGUAGUGGCUCAUCCUUUGUCACAACUGAUUUAUUGAAAGAAAAGAAUCGUGUCAUUGAGGAGCAACAAAAAGAAAUUGAACGUUUAAAGCAGCUGUUACAGCAAGCAUCAUCAUCAUCCCAUUGA